AUGGCCCGAUCGCAACCACAAUUCGACUUUGUUCCGCUACCAACAAACGCGAUCAUGGUGAUGUCGAUGACCAAAUCACUCGAGGCCCUUUCCAAGGGAAACAUGGCGGUCAUGUCGGCGCAGCCUCCGGCUAUCACAUGCUCGGGGAGCAGUGAACCGGCCCUUCGCAAUGAAGUUCACACCCAAACUCCUCUUCCGGUGUCCUCUCCGAGCAUUCCACUUCCUAGCAAUGGCCUGCCACGCUAUGGAAUCGCCCCGGUUCCCCAGCCGGGACAGAUCAGGCCCCCCGAGGCUCCCAAGCGGGUGCGCAGCUCGGCCACAGUGCCUAGGGCUCAGUUCACCGAAGGGUUUCUUCGACGAACUGAUCGACGUGCCCUCAAUAGAACAGAGAGCGCGAAGCGCUCUCCCAAUCCACUCGCCUCUCACCGACCCUCCAAGGUCACCAAGACUACUCGGCCUAAGCCCUUCCCCAACACUAGUCCCUUGAGCAACCCGUCACAGAUAGACGCAGCGACUUUUGCCGCUCUCCAGAAUCAGCAGAACCUUCGCGAGCCCGUCUCGCCAACUAACUGGGAAAAGGCCGCCAUUCCACCGGCGCCCCCAUCUGCCUCUCAGAUCAUCAAGGAGAACGGGUGCCUCCGAUGGCAGAUCCGGAUGGCGCGACAUCUUGCCCAGAAUGGCCAUGCGGGACCGUUUGAGAUUGGAGACUUCCUCUGCGACAUCAACCGCAUCACGGGAAAGAUUCUCAAGAUUGCCAGCCGCGUCUACAACCCAGACACCGGAUACUUCUGGCGGAACAUGUUCACCGGUGGACGGAUUCACCCCCAGAACAACAACAAAUCCGCACAAACACUAUGUGGAAAGCCAGUUGCUGGCCCGGGUGGUGCAUUCCUUGGCUUUGCUGACGAUAAUGGGGGUAUCAUCCAACCCCAGAUUCAACUCGUUUCUCCCGACCGAGAGGCUAUCUUGUGCCCUGAGCCUGAUUUCAAAUCGGCUCUGCGAAACGGACAGGAUCCGAUGUGGUUUUAG